AGAGAAAGAGAGAGAAGAGCGAGAGAGCGAGAGAGAGACGGCGCACACUCUCUCUUUUGCUGCUACAACGGAUCCUUUCCACAUCGACGCUACUGUUAACGUCACGCCUGUAAGCCGCGUUUGCCCAGCGCUUGCCUUUGCUGCCUUGCUCCUCUCCCCAGUUGGACGCUGCAUUACCGAGGGGGUGCUGAUCACCACGAGAAGAGGAGGGGGAAAAAAAAAGAACUGGAAACAAGAAGAAAAAAGAAACAAGCCGGAGAGAGGACGGAGAAACUGUGCACCACCCCUCCUCCCUCUAACCCACCUCGAUCAACCCAGCUACAAUACCCCCAUUCCUCCCAGCACCCCCUUCCAUCCCCCACCCCACUCCCCCUCUGAAGAAAUUGACGGAUUAUUGGGAAGUGCACGGGAGGCAGGCUGCAGCUGCUGCUGUGUGUGCUCGCUACUGCUGCUGUGUGCUUCGCAGGGAUGGUGUGUGUGCGUUUGCAAUUGCUGCUGUCGCCACCGCGGCUGCCGAGGCUGGAGCGUGUGGCUAGUUAAGAGGAGGAAGAAGCUAAUGAAGGCAGUGUGUGUCACCUAGCCUUUUCAACCCCUGCCAAGAGCUCCUGGAGGAAAGAAAGAAAAUUAAGAAAAAUCAAGAGGACACGACGCCACAUUGAGAGAGCAAGCAAGGAGAAGAGUGCAAGAGAGGGAGAAGGGUUGUCAGACUGACCAACCGACCAACUGAUUGACUACUAAAAAGUGAACAGAGGAAUACAGAGAGGAGGGGGUCUGUUUUUCUUUUUUGUCACGGCUUGUCAGCCUCCUCUCCUAACCACUGCAAACAAAAGGCAAAGAACAUUGGAAAAGGACUGUGGAAUUUUCAUUCAAUCUUCUCCAAUCCCACCCCCACCUACCUCGCUCCUUUUUCAUUUCUGCCGUGGGUUUUUGUGCACAAAAAAUAGUGCAUGUGUGUUUCUAUGGUUGCCCGUACUAUGGAGACUUGGGUAAGGUGUCUAGCAGGGGGAUCAACUGUCGGAUUCCAAGGACAAGCAAGAGAAGAGGAGCCGACAGCAAGAAGCGAGCAAGGGAGCACUGCUGCUUUGGGAGCCUGACUGGAUUCAUAUCUACAGUCGUUUCUUUCUCUUUUUUUCCUCUUUUUUUUCUUUUUUAAAUCAGCACGGAAAGGGAGAAAAACACUCACAAAGGGCCUUCGAACCUUUCUCUAUGGAUGUAUGGAUUUACAAAAGGGCUCAUCUUGGUUAAGCUCUUUGGCAUUGAUACCUGUUCUGACAGGGCAAGUAUAAAAAGGUUUUCUUUGCUGCUCUUGGAUAUAAAUACAUCUGAUGCGAAUACCACAGCUCUUUCUGAUUGCAAAAAGGAGGGAAGCUAUAUAUCUCAGUUCAAGGACCUGUAAUAAUAACUUGAGGUAGGUGUCUAGUGUUUCAACCCCUCUUUGCAUCAAUUUGUAACACCCUAUCCUCCCCUCUGUCUUGUAAUACGAUUUUUGGUUGCUUAAUUUAUCAUCAUGUCCUUUUCAUACACAUGUUUAAGAAAAGCCAGCCCUCUCCACCCUCCCCUCUCUUUCUGCCCCUGAAUACAGUUCAUGGAAAUAAAAGCACUACUUAACUGAGGAUAGGUGAAGUCCUCUUGCGCCUUAGCAAGCACCCAAACCCGUGCUCUCCCCUUGUCAUCUGCAGUUUCCUUAACCUCUUUACCCUGGUCCCCCUUAACACUACCACCAACCAACCAGCAACUUCCCCCGUCCCCAGACCCCCAAACACCAGCCCCAAACACCCCAAUCCUCCCCCCCAGAUGAUGCUGAAUUAUGAACGUGCCACAUCAUGAGUCUCCUGGGGCGGGUAGCUGUGCAUCGUGCCAGGAAAGCCGCCCUGCUCUGUGUAGUCUUCCUGAUGGCGCGAGCGUGGAGCAGCGCCUCCCUGGCCUUGGCGGGGGCGGCGGUGUCUCAAGGACCCCAGGGCUGUCCACCGCAGUGUUCCUGCAGUAAUCAGCAGGGGAAAGUGGUGUGCACACGACGUGGCCUCACCCGUGUGCCCCCUGGGAUUCCUGCCAACACGCGACACCUCAAUCUAAUGGAAAACGCCAUUGAGGCGGUGCAGGCUGACUCCUUCCGCCAUCUGCACCACCUUGAGGUGCUCCAGCUUGGGCGAAAUGCCAUACGGCAGAUUGAGGUGGGCGCGUUUAAUGGACUUACCAGCCUCAACACAUUGGAGCUGUUUGACAACAGGUUGACGGUGGUACCCAGUGGGGCCUUUGAGUACCUCUCUAAACUAAGAGAACUGUGGCUGAGGAACAACCCCAUUGAGAGUAUUCCCUCCUAUGCCUUCAACCGGGUGCCCUCACUUAUGCGACUGGACCUGGGAGAGUUAAGGAAACUGGAGUACAUCUCAGAAGGAGCUUUUGAGGGCCUACAAAACCUCAAGUACCUCAACCUGGGAAUGUGUAACAUAAGGGGUGAUAUGCCAAACCUGAGUCCCCUCAAGGGCCUGGAAGAACUGGAGAUCUCUGAAAAUCACUUCCCAGAGAUAAAGCCAGGCUCCUUCAAAGGUCUACGUGCUCUAAAAAAGCUAUGGGUAAUGAACUCACAAAUAACAGUGAUAGAGCGCAAUGCUUUCGAUGACCUAACUUCAUUGGUGGAGCUUAAUCUUGCCCAUAACAAUCUGAGCGCUGUGCCACAUGAUUUGUUCUCCCCGCUCAGGUACCUGGUGGAGCUCCACCUUCACCAUAACCCAUGGAACUGUGGCUGUGAGGCUGUAUGGUUAGCACGCUGGCUAAGGGAGUACAUCCCUACAAACUCAACUUGCUGUGGACGAUGUCACUCACCUGCCACCAUGAGAGGUCGACAGCUGGUUGAGGUGGACCGAGGUGAGGGCGCUGCAGUCCAGUGUUCGGCACCAUUCAUUGCUGAUGCACCAAGGGACAUAAACAUCUCAGCAGGGCGAGUGGCUGAGCUUCGCUGCCGCACAGCCCUUAUGUCUUCAGUGCGUUGGCUUCUACCCAAUGGGACUAUUCUGACACAUGCCUCUGGCCACCCGAGAAUAUCAGUUCUAAAUGAUGGUACCCUUAACUUCUCCAAUGUCCUGGCAGCAGACACGGGCACUUACACCUGCAUGGUGUCCAAUGCAGCUGGGAACUCCAAUGCCUCGGCCUACCUCAAUGUGAGUGCAGCUGAGCUUAACACAUCCAACCUGAGUUACUUUACCACAGUGACUGUGGAGGUCUUGGGGCCAACCACUGAGAUGCCCAAACCUAAAACUACCACAACCACAGCUGCAGCUGCAGGUGCUGGGGUUGCUGGAGGAGGAGGAGUAGGCCUAGGGACAACAACUACAACUGCCUCUCCAUCCGUCUUUCAGCCAGUCUUCAUCUCCACACCAACUGUGCUGCUGCAAAACACUGACAGUCCACCAGGCGCAGCUAAGCCAUCUGUGUUGCCAGGAUUGAAAGGUGCCACUGGAAAGCCAGGCAAGUCUGGCCCUAGCCUGGAUGAAGUCAUGAAGACCACUAAAAUCAUAAUAGGCUGCUUUGUGGCAGUGACACUGCUGGCUGCUGUCAUGCUCAUCGCCUUCUACAAAUUGAGAAAGCGUCACCAGCAGAGGAGCACAGUGGCAGCUGCUCGCACGGUAGAGAUUAUCCAGGUGGAUGAGGAGGACCUUCCACCACCAGCAUCUGCAGCCCAAGAGUCCGGUCUCACACUACCUGAAAUCCGGGACCAUAACAGCAUAAACAAACUGGACUUUAUCAGCCACAAGACUGACUACAGUUUUCACAAACCCAAGGCCGAAUACAAACCACAGCCUGACUUUACCCUACACAAGCCGAAGGCUGAGUAUACCACAUAUAAGCCAAAUAUGGACUUCAGCAGCCACAAACCCAUCCCAGACUACAACACUCACAAAUCUACGCCAGAUUUUAGCCUUCAUAGACCAAAGCCUGACUGCAGCCCAUUUCGACAGGACUACAGCACUCACAAACCUAAAGCAGAAUACAGCCCAUUUAAACCAGACUUUGGCACUCAUCCGAAAACUAAACCAGACUACAGCCCCUUCAAACCAGAUUAUGGUACUCAUCCUAGGCAGAAAACUGACUUCAGCCCAUUCAAACGAGACUAUAGCACCCAGCCGAAACAGAAACAUGACUACAGCCCAUUGAAGUCAGACUACAACAUACAAUAUAAACCUAAAGCUGAAUACAGUCCAUUCAAGCCUGACUUUGGCACUCACCCAAGACCUAAACCUGACUACAGUCCAUUUAAGCCUGACUACAGCACUCAGCCUAAACCCAAAACAGACUACAAUGCCCAGAGAUCUAAAACAGACAUUACCUACAAACCCAAGGACCAUUACACCCCACAUAAGACUGCAACCGAUUACAGCGCCUUCAAGAGUGAAUUCAGCCCCCACAAAGUGGAUUACAGCGCCUUCAAGUCUGAUUUUAGUCCACACACUCAGAGACCUAAACUUGAUUACAGUCCACAUAAAAUGGACUACAGCCCCCAUAAGGUGGACUACAGCACUCUAAAGCCCAAAUAUAACACCUAUAAACCAACUGGCCAUGGGGCAAAAUGGACAGACAACAAUGUUGGGAACUCUUUGCCUCGAACCUUGCCCAGCACCAUCACAGCAAUGGCUGAGCCCUUUGUCAUAAAAACUCACACCAAGGAGAAGGUACAGGAGACUCAGAUUUAAAAAGGCCCCCCAAAAGGCUCUCACUCUUUUCCCUAGGCCCCUAGUUCCCGUCCACCCCACUUCCACUCCCCUCUUCGUCCUUUCCUCAUUAACAUCAUGCAAUAGAAUGCACAACGAAAAAAGGACAGGAACUACUUUUUUGUACAGAGUGCAAACUUUAAAAGACUGAUGAUUUCUUGUUGUACAUGCUUAUAAAUAAAUAUAUAUAUGGACAAACUGAAACUACCAUGGGUUGGUGAUAGAGAAACAUAUAUUAAAAAGAAAUUGAAACUAUUUUCUAACUUGUAACUUCUAUUUAAAACAAUGAGUUGUUUAAGAUGCUGUCUUGACUUUGACAAAUGAGGGUAGUAUUGUUUUAAAAGGGGCAUUCUGUGUGAUUUUUACACCGUGCUACAGAGAAUGCAGUGAUAAGAAAAAAUAUUUAUACAGAGAAGACUUUCUUUAACAAAAACCGAAAAAAGGUCAGUGUCGAUCUUUACAGGUUUAUCUUGUAAAAGCACCAAGAAUUUGUACUGUGCCAAAUGUUAUAAAUGCAAUAAAAAGGAUUUUUGGAAGAAAAAAGGAAAUAUUAGAGAGAGAUGUUUUUUUCCCCUUCUCUUCGUCUCCUGGCGUAUACUGUAACGAUCAGCCAAAUGCUUUAGACACUGCAGUAAGACGCUGCAGCUAUACUUUAACCCUAAGUGUGCUGAAUGACUCAGGCAGAAUGAAUCACGGUGCAAAAGUGGAUGGGGCUUUUUUAAAAAUCUCUCCUCACCUUCUAUUAUAUUCUUUACAUGUAACAGAAGAGUUCGCUCAGUUUUCAUCUUAUACCACCAGAUUGUCAUGGUGUUUCAUCAAUGUGGGGCUGAUCAAAGGCACAAAUUUAAUCCAAUUUCUUCGAAUGCCUAAAGAUGUUAAAAAAUGAAGCCAUGGUAUAUCCACAGAAAACUAUAGCAGCGUUAUCAUAACCAUGUAAUGACACUUGAUAUGCUCAUUAUAUAUGGCUUUUCAAGGAUGCAAGCUAACUGUGUUAUCCAACUCAUUUUCUACAUUACAAACUGGUAUUAUUCAUUACGUAUCUAAUGAGUGAAAAAGGUGAUACAUUCAGGUGAAAUAUUGGUUGGAUGUUUACAUUGUCUUGCACUUUGCCAAAAAAUAUAGAUCCUCAUUUCGCUUUUCAUUACAUUUCCAGCUGUUGGGCCUUCAUCAAUCAGUAUGAGGGCUUUCUAUGGUGACAAAUGCAUUCGGGUCUUGCUAUUAACAGUGCAUUCUUCAUUUUCAACAGUAUCACCCCUCUCAAUCAUAAUAUAGCCUCACAUCUCUGACUAACAAAGAAAGAUAACAUACAAAAGUGCAUAUAGAAGACCUCACCUGUAGUAUUACACAGUGGAGCCAGGCUGUUUUUGCAGAACACAGUUUGUAAGACUGAAGACCAACUGGUGCUAUCGUCAUUAUUUCUUCUGUAAGGGUUUCUCUCCUUUUCUCUAUAAUAUGGGGACAGUGUCUCAAGCUCGAUUCAUUUAAAUGAUAAAAAGAAAGAGAAAAAGGUGUUGUGAAUUACCCUGGGAGCACAUUUUAGUGAAGAACGCAAUAACAUGCUUCAAGUGGGCAACAUGUGGGUGAGAGCUGACAAAGAGAAUACUACAAAAGAACUCAUGGCAAUGACUGAAAGCUAUGUCGACUACAAUCAUCACAAUGAGCACUACCUUUUCAUUAGCCUUGAGAAAGCCAACAACUAUAAAGCUAACCGAAAAUACACAAUACUUAGCCUGAGAUGCAAGACAUGAUCAGAUCCACUGUUACAGGCGUGUGAAGGCAAACAAAGCUUUUGCCUGGUAGUGCAGUUGACAAGACCAGUUUACAUAACCAGUAAGAAGUGUAGGGAGAGUACCUGAGAGGGCCAUGAGAGAAAUAUCUGAAUUUGUCUCUCCAGCACUGUAACAUUUCAACAUCUGAGGGAGACGAAGUAGGAAGACAGAGGUUGACAUGGUGCGUCACAAAACGAGUGUAGUAGUUAGCUGAGAAAUCGUGAUGUGCUCAACCUGCCGUAGGGGCCGACAGAAGAAGACAGUGACGUACUUGUAAGGGUGAAAGUCCGGCUCUGAGAAAUUAGGAAAUUACAAAAAGAGGAAGAAGUAAGAUAGAAUAAGAAAUGGGGGUUAAAGGACUGCUGGGGAGGGAGAGUGAGCAUACUGUGAAAGUGAUUCACUUUGUAUUUUUUAAAUUUAGUUUUGGAGGCUGUCUUUUGCUUGGAAACAACUAAUUUUGGGAUAGUAAGAAAGCAUUUGUUGACAAAAUAUGAGUUAAAUUCCUUCUAUUGUUCUACAUUAGAUCUGAGAGGGAUAUAAUGACCACAAUGAGAGAAAAUUCUACAAGAGAAAAAAAGGAAAGCAUAAAAUGUCUUUUUUAAAAAAAAUCUUUAGAGGCAGCACAUUGGAUUGUGUGCAAUCUUAGCACCAAGGACAUCUAAGGUGGAAAGGGCCAAACAAACAUAGUAGAACAAUGUAAAAUGUUUUAUUCUACCUACACACAAUAGCAAACGAUUAUUUAUGCCCAGAUGUAGGUGGUGUUGCAUAUAAAGCUUGUCAUUAUUGGAGGAAAAAAACUGCAUUUUUCUACCCUUGAACAAAUCUAAUUAGGGUAAAAAUAACCUACUGCAGUUUACCCAGGGCUGUCAAAGCUGGCCACUUAGGCAAAAAUCAGAUGCGAUCAAAUCAACCGCAGCUCUCGCCAGGCUUCCUUCUUGCAAAAUCUAUUUAUGACAUGCAUUUUAAAUAUUGACCAUUUUCUACAGGUGCAAGAAUGAGCUUCAUGCAACCCUGUAUUCAUCCAUAUAUGUCUGUUUCUUGUAACAGUAAUGAUUUUUUGUUGUGUGCUGGGCUACAUCAGACAAGGAAGAUAGAAAGAACGAGUGCUCAAUAGUGCAGAAAUAAAAUGUGAACAUCAGAAAAAAGAGAAAGAUGAUGAACUUAAACCUUAUAGCUGGCACGACUAUUACAUACUGCACUGCCAUUGUCACUGCUCUCACUCAUACCACAUGCAGCAUGCCUUUAUCUCCCCACUUCCCUUUGUGUACUUGUAAUUUUUCUGAUAACAUGGCUGUGCAAAGCCGGACAACGGUCUCAAGAUUGUCUCUAAUGUGAUACAUGUGAGAGAAAUGUGAAAACAAGUAGGUAUCAGAAUGGUGUUUCGAAAUAGUGUCAGUUGGUUAGAUACAUUGUGACUGUCUGAAACGAUGUUAGCACCAUAUCAGGCAUCAGUCUGUCCACCGUCAGUUUGCCGGUACGACAUUGCACUUUCAUAUGCCUCUGUGAUAUAGCAGCAUGCCAUACCAUCAUGUUCAGUAUUCAAGUAUGUUGUGCUAUGUGGUGACAUAUUAAGCUGCACUGUGCUAUACAAGCCUCUGUCGUACUAUUCGGUCAAAAUUGCUACAGGGUCAUCAAUCAGCCAAUCAGCUAGCCAUCCACUAAAGGGCCCGUCUCCAUGGGAAACACUUUUCUCCAUUCCUUCCUCCUCCACAUCAUGUUUUUUUUUUUUCUGUCUGUGUGCUUCAUUAGCAAUCAUGAAGCCAUUUGAAAGAGGAAGCAAGGCAAGAUGAACCUAUUUAACUACAGCUCACAGAGCCUAGGGAGGGAAGAAAGGGGAUGGGAGAUUGGAGUUAGAGGACGAAGAAGAAAAAGUGGUAUAGAAAUUGAGAUAUUGGAAAGAAAAUUUAAGUGGGGUGGAAAGCAUGACAGAUUACUAGAAAGAAGUUAUUAGGGAGCAAGCACAAGCGAGAAAUUUGGUCCUAACAGAAAGCAGUCUGGGUUAGAAAAGGGAGCAGAUGUAGGAGGCAAAGAGCAAUGAAAAAAACUAAACAAAACAAGGCAUGCAUGGAGAAAUGA